AUGCAGCGCUCAAGUCGGUCAAGCACGUGUAGUAUCGAAAAUGGAACCGAAGCCGAACCUGAAGCUGAACUCGAAGCUGAACUCGAAGCUGAACUCAAAGCUAAGCUCUACGCUGAAACCAGAGCUGAACUCAAAGCUAAAAUUGAAGCUGACUCCAAAGCUGAAGCUGAGGCUAGGGGAGACCACAACUCCAAAUCAUCAACAUCGACGCCGCCCGCUGUUGAGGAAUCUCAGGUCCAGAUCAGUGAUAACAUACGGCGUGCUGUUGACCUAGUCGAUGGCUGUUGUCUCCAAGCAAGUACCGGCUAUGUCCAAGAGUUCAUAGAGGAGUUUCAGAAUCGCGAGGAGAAGAACUAUGAUACUGAACUUGGACGCAGAUGUUUCCGAAUUUACAACGAGAAGAGAGCACCAGAGUCUCUUAGGACUAACACGGGCAUCAUAUGCGAUAUCAUACAUAUUCAAGUUGAGUCCAUUGCUCUUCUAAUGACUUCAGAGAUGGUGGUCGACUUGGGAAUAAAGAAACUGCGCGAAUUAGCCGAACGAAUUGAAACUGCCCAGGAAGUCUUCAGAUCUCCCAAGGUGGACAACGAGGAUUCGCGGCUGCGGGCCGUCUUCGUAUCAGGCAUAUUAUAUUGCCAAAGGCUCCACAGAGAAGAUAUAGUGGGACGUAUACAUGAUGCUGCUCAGCAGUUUCACAAGAGGAAAUUCGUUAUCACGGAAGCUUAG